AUGAGUCAACAGCUGGGAUACCGUCCGGUGCAUGUUUGCUCGGGGUGCCUAUCGUGGGUUCGGCGUCCAAGAUUGUAUUGGAGCAACGUGGCGUUGGAUGACCGUGCCAGUUAUCAGCUGAACCAUCACGAGCUCUAUGAUGCGUUAGAGUUUAAUGAGGAGUUGGAGCCUCUGGGGUCGGUCUGUGAUGAAGGGUGGUUUUGGCCGGCAGCGGAGGUCAAUAAGAACCCUCGGUUGCCGACUUUUACACUUCCACGGAGGAAUCCGCCCAAGGAGCCAGCGGGGCUGCAGUCCUGCGAUCCGAGCACAAUAGACAGAUGGAAGGAGGACAGGAUGAAGUUUCCUCCAUACACCUACCGACCCGAGUUCCUUUUUCACCAUGCCACGGGAGAAGAAGUGAAGCGCGUGGCAUCCGAAGCAGAGACGGAGGAGGAAAAGAGGAAGCAGAUGGUGGCUCGAGAAGCGGCUAUCGGAAAUAGCUUCCACACUGUGGUCGUGGCUUGCUCGAUGGACCUGUGGUUAUGGAAGAAGCAAGCCCGAACUGAUCCGAAGGGAGCCAGCGCCAUAGUGAAAAGAUGGCACGAGGAGACGGCAGUCAGGAGGUUCAAUGACAUUGGAGAAAAGGAUGAUGCCACGACGCAUGUUAGCGAGAGUGAGAGAGACAAGGAGGAGGAAGAAGCCCUGGUGCAGUUGGUCCGGAACCCAAAGCGCGAACAAUGGCUUCGUCUGGCUGGACAUAGUUUUGGCAAGGGUGGAGGAGGAGCCUGCUUGUUGAAUGUCCGGCUGAUUCACCAAUAUCUUCGGAGGAUGGAAUUUCGUGGAAGCGAUGUUCGGUUGGACCUGCAGGUCGUGUACCGUCCGGAUGCUGUGGUCCGCGCGACAGUUGAUCCAGGCCGAUGGGUUUGGAAGACGGCCCAAUCCUACAAGUGGUUCCUCCACCUACCGGAUUCCCAGAUCUGCCUGGCUGCACUGACGAAAGGUCGGAGCAGCUCGAGAAAGAUCAAUCGCAUUUUGCGGAAGACCUCAGCCUUGUGUGCUGAAAGGCAGAAAGUGGGAAGGUUGUCAGAGCAAAGAGUUUCACAAGCAACUGCAGAAAGAUAUGCCGUUGCCUUGAGUACCUUUGUGGGAACCCCAGAGGUAGAGCUGCUGAAACGAGCAGACCUUGAGUCAGUGCUUUGUCAAUAUGUUGAGUUCCUCUGGGAGGAAGGAGAUCCCAAGACGAUGGCCAAUUAUGUGAUGGCGGCCGUUCAGUAUCGAAGGCCAGAGCUCAGACGAAACUUGAAAGGAGCAUGGCAGCUGGUUUCCUUAUGGAAUAAGUUGGAGCAACCCUUGCGGGCUACGCCCCUUAGUCCUGAAUUAGUGUUGGCUUUUGCUGGAACACUAUGGCAGUGGCAAUGGCCUCGCUUAGCCCAGCUUACCAUGGUAGCCUUUUGUGGUCUCCUACGGGCGGGAGAGAUGUUUCAACUUCAGCGGCAAGAUGUGGUGCUGCCACGAAAGGAAGGACAGUCCGCGAUCCUCUUCCUGCGUGACACGAAAACGUCACAACGAAAUUUUUUGAGGAGCGAGAAGGUACUCAUUCCUGAGAAAAGCGGCAUUACUUGCUUGCGCGCUCUUUGUCAGAGACGCAAGCCUGAAGAAAAGUUGGCGGAUUUUUCCCCUGCUGCUUUCCGGUCACUAUGGAAAGAGAUUGUGCAUCACCUCGGCCUGGAAAGCUUCAACUACCUUCCUUACAGUCUGAGACGGGGGGGGGCACUGCAGCCUAUGUUCAGGGCGUGCAAUUUGAUCAGCUUUUGGCCAAAGGCCGCUGGCAACAUAUUGCCACUGCACGUCUUUACCUCGAUCAAGCCCUUCAAGAAUACACUGCUCUUGUCCUACCACAAGCCCUGGGACGCGUGGAGGAGGGGGCAAGGAGGACUUGAUCGGGUAGAGGGCAUAGGAAAUGCCUUUUGUUCAGCAGGCACUUGA